UCUACCGGUUCUACCGCCUGCGUGACCGGUACCGGACAGAAUGUUCCGCCGGCGCCCGCGUCACUUCCGGGGCCGCCGCAGGGUGCAGUCCGCCAGCAGCGAGGAGGAGCCGGGCCCCGGCGUCGAGGGGGAGGAGGAGGAGCGCGGGGGGGCCCGGCAGGCGCGGGGGGGCAGGGACCUGCUCAGCUUCGGCAGCGACGAGGAGCGAGAAGGGAGUGAAGAACAUUUCCAAGUAAAGAAACCGUCACUCAAUGCCAUCAAAUUUAACAUUCCCAAGAAGGAAAGUGUGCCUUCUGCAGAGCAAGCUGAAAGCGGAAAAGAAAUCUUCCAAUCAGAAUCUAGAGCCACUGAAAUCAAAGCUGCAUUUGAGUCAGACGAGGAGGACGAGCAGUGUUCUUCAGCAAGUGAAGAUGACUGCAAUUCAUCCACAGCUUCUGAACCUCUACCCAGCUCCCCACAGAAAAGGGAGGAUUUACCACCAGGUACUUUCCCUAGCGCAGCGUACGUUCAGGCCGCCCGAAGAAAACGUCAGCUGGCCAGGACUCAAGGAGACUAUAUUUCACUGGAUACUUCAGAUUGCCAUCAGGUUUCUCAGAGAAAGGAAAGCAGUGAUCUUGAGAGUGAAGAAGAAUCUGAUCAUGAAAGAAAACUCAGCUUUACUCCCAAAACAAAAUCUCUUAGGCAGAGGAUGGCUGAACAUAUAGUAUCUGAGAGUGGAGUAUCAAGUGGAGAUGAGGAAACUCAAAAUGAAUGGGAAGAACAGCAAAUGAAGAAGGCACUCAAACUUUCUCAGGGAAUUAAUGAGGAUGCUUUUCUGCAUAAAUCUCGAACCAUGAAGAUAAUAUUUGAUCCCUCUGUUUCACUGCCACCUGUAGACUUGGAAAUUGUAAAGAAGCGACUGACUACAAGAGUAGCAUCACUGCAGGAUAUCCACCGGGCCCAUCAGAGGGAAUAUGAAAAAUACACACAUGACAUUGAAAGCUCAAAAACAACUAUUCAAGAGUUAGAGAAGUCUUCGGACGUUGGUCAGAACUACAAAUUCUACAGGGCUAUGAAAACUUUUGUGGAAAAUUUGAUAGACUGUUUGAAUGAAAAGCUACUUCAAAUUAAUGAACUAGAAUCAGCUAUGCACAUGCUUCUCCAGCAACCAGCUGAAACACUCUUGAAACGAAGGCAAGAUGAUCUGAGAAAUGAAUCUGCUUAUAUUCAACAGCUAUCAAGUAAGAAUAGCAAAUCAACUAAUGACAGGUUGGGAGUUGAUGAAAAAACACAGCAGGAAACGCAGCUGAAAGACUAUGAGGCUCGAAGGCGAUUGAGAAGACAAGCAAGAGAGAGUUCUGGGAAAUCUGAUCACCAUGAGGGCAUGUCCAGUGACGAUGAGCUGUCUCCAGGAGAGAUGAUGGAUUUCCAGGAGAACAAAGAUAAUAUCUUACAGGAAAGUAAGGGAAUCUUUGAAGAUGUGCAAGUGGAUUUUUGCAACAUCAGAAAUAUCUUGUUGAAAUUCCAGCAAUGGAGAGAGAAGUUUCCUGAUUCCUACUACGAUGCUUACAUUAGUUUAUGUCUGCCUAAACUCUUAAAUCCACUAAUCCGACUUCAGUUAAUUAAUUGGAAUCCUGUUGAGGAGAAUUUUACAGACUUGGAAGAAAUGCCAUGGUUCAGAGAUGUAGUAGAAUUUAGUGAUGCCAAAAAUGUGUCUGAAUCAAGGAGAGAGAACGACCCCGAUCAAACAGUUUUGCCUGCAAUCGUUGAAAAAACAAUUCUUCCAAAAAUUACAGGCUUUAUAGCGCAUAUAUGGGAUCCUUUGUCAACUUCACAGACAGAGAAUUUGGUACAACUCUGCAAAAAAAUCUUUGAAGACUAUUCCCUUUCUAGAAAAGAAUCCAGUAAAACAAAGCAGGAGCUGAUGAACUCGAUUGUUUCAAGAAUGAAAAAAUCAAUAGAGGAAGAUGUCUUUAUUCCUGUGUAUCCUAAAAGUACAGUGGAAGACAGGCUAUCGCCACAUUCGAAGUUCCAAGAAAGGCAGUUUUGGUCUGCUGUAAAGUUACUAUGUAAUAUUCUUCUUUGGGAUGGGAUUGUACCAGAAGAGACUCUACAUGAACUUGGACUAAGCAAGCUGCUGAAUCGUUACCUUCUUUUAAUACUCCUUAAUGCACCAUCUGGACCAGAUAAUAUAGAAAAAUGUAACAAGGUGGUUGCGUGUUUCCCAGAAAGGUGGUUCCGAGACCUCAAGAGUGAUUCGACUCUCCCUCACUUGGUGAAUUUCAGCCAGCAUUUGUUGCAAGCUGCGCAUACCCGGUACAGAAGUAACUGCAGUGAUGAAACAAGAGAUGUGAUUCUUCUGUUGGUGAAAAUUAAUGCAUUGCAUCUUGUGGAGGACUUCAUUGAGGAAUACAAACUAGAACACCUGAAAUCCAUGAUUGGAAAGUAGAAAUGCAGCAAUUGGACUGGAAUACAACAUUUAAAAUGCCGCAGCUCACCAUGCUAAUAUUCCAUCAACGGUUCUGGUUGACUAUCAUAGAGGAUAUAUAUAAA